GACAUGCAGCAAUGCACCCAUUUGCAUGCAAGGAAAAUCUCCAAGACUUGAUGCUCGCUGAUGGCUGCUGUUUGAUCCAGUUGAUAAGAUAAUUGAGCCCGUCUCAUGAAAGCCCCACGAACUACAUCCGGGUCAUGGCAGCCACAAUGGGCGUUGCUUCCGGUGUUGUUUUAGCUGUAUUGCUUGACCUGGCCUUGUGUGUGCUGAGAACAGACGAGACUCGACUUAUAGACGCCAUCAUGACGGACUAUAACCCGGCAGCAAGACCAGUUUAUAACGCAUCUCACACUGUCAUUGUGAAGUUUGGGAUAACUUUGACACAGAUAUCUGAUAUGCAGGAAUGGAUUGACGAGCGUCUGACUUGGGAUCCCAAGGACUAUAACAACCUCAAGAUCUUGCGCAUCCCUUGUGAGAAGCUGUGGCUACCGGACAUAGUCCUCUACAACAGUGCGGACGACUACACUUCUGGGUACAUGAAAAGUAAAGCCAUGGUAGAAUACACAGGGAAUGUGUUUUGGCCACCCCCUGCAAAGUUCCGGAGUUCCUGCAAGAUCGACAUCACCUAUUUCCCUUUUGAUGACCAGAAGUGUGAGCUCAAGUUCGGUUCCUGGACUUACGACGGCUUCCAAGUGGACAUUACCAACAGGUCUGACAGUGUUGACCUUCAGAACUACGUGUACAGCGGAGAGUGGGAACUCAUAGAUGUCCGAAUCCGCAGGCAUGUGGUUACCUACGCUUGCUGCAUCGAGCCCUACCCGGACGUGCGCUUCACCAUUGUGAUACGACGCAAGACGUUGUACUAUCUCUUCAACAUCAUUUUCCCGUGUCUGUGGCUCACAAUUCUAAGGUAGUUUGGAAAGGGCCUCUGUGUAUUUCCUCGGUCUGACUUUCCUCUCCUAGGCAUCUAUCUGACGGUGACAAUGGGCAUGACCUCAAUGUCCAUCAUCCUCACGGUAUUUGUGCUCCAACUGCACCACGUUGGGCCCCACAAGAGGCGAGUCCCCCGUUGGCUCCGCUCCCUGGUCUUUGAGGUGCUCGCCCGGCUCGUCUGUAUGUGCUAUUCGUCACAGACAUUACGCCGAAAUGGCGCUCUAAAAACAGACAGGCGCCUCCCUGAAACACAGGUGCUUAUCACUUCUGCUCCUGAGCAGCUCGGGAUACCUUCUGUUACAGACAGCUACACUAGUAGUGGAGGUGGGAACGUCUACGGCGAGACCCGAGGUGGUAGAUCGAAACCUGGAGUCACCAGUGGUGCUGUUAUAAGUGUGCCUGGGGGAGGAGGAAGGAGUCUUUCGGGGAACGGCAAUGGCGGAGGAGGGGAAGGAGGAGGUGGUAGAGGAGUCAUCAGUGCUGGCAGAGGUGGGGUUACCAUUGUAGGUGGCACUGAUAGUCAUGAGACAGAAGAGCGGAGGCCGGGACGACGAUCUGGGAGAAGCAACUCGAGAAACUGCAACGGCGACGCCCUUCAGCAACGUUGUCCUGGAGGCGGGGACAGAGUUGCCCCUUCAGGGAACGAGUUUAAUCCUCAACCCUUAGGCUUCCAGCCGGGCCAGUGCUGCGAACUGGGCCUGUCUCAGAGCCCUCGCUACGACAUGUCUGGCGGGUUCUCUCGCAAUUUCAGAUCCAGUUUCAGAAGAGACAAUAAUUUCCGCGGUUCCUUCCGAUCGGGUUAUCCCGGCCAAGUAGACUAUGCAAUGGACAGAGGUCACGCUAUGUUCCAGAGUGACCAAGAGUUUGACCGUUACCAGGAACUGGUCACUGAGUGGCAGUUCGUCGCUCACGUGAUGGAUAGAUUACUGUUUUGGUUGUUUCUCUUUGUCGCGGUUGUAUCAUCUUUAGCAAUACUGGUCAUCAAGCCACUGUUUAAACCCGCGGUGUAGUGUAUGACUCCAGGUCACUCGUGAUGUCUUGAAGGAGGAAGGAUUUAUUAUGCAUACUACCUUGGUUGACAAAUGUAUGCACACUUUGGGGGACACACACCUUU